CUGCCGAAGAGGCGAGAGCCACAAGCAGCCACCCGCCACAGACAGAGAGGAGACCAGGGCAAAGAGAAAGGAAAGAGAGAGAGAGAGAGAGACGGGGGAGAUCCCGCCGCCCCAUGCUGUGCUCCAUGGCCAAUGUGGGCCCUCUGCUGCUCCCCCCCCUCCAGGGGCCUCCGCCGCUUCUCUACAUUCCCGAGGGUAACCAAGAGGCCACGCCCCCCCCAGAGGCAAUGGCUCAGUCAUACGCCCCCGGCCAGUACCCCCAACCCCCGCAGAGUGGGAUCCCUGCAGAGUACGCUGUGGUGACGCCCCCACACCCUACGGCAACCUAUGGGGGUCAGUGCGGCCUCUACACGGCCACGCCCACGGCCACGCCCACCCUCAGCGAGCCGUCUGUCACAGUCGCAGACUGCAGUGCAACCACGGCAACGACAGACGGCGUGACACGCUUGGCCACCUCCCCAGAGAAACAGCAGCCCAAGCGGCUGCACGUGUCCAACAUCCCCUUCCGGUUCCGUGACCCGGACCUGCGCCAGAUGUUUGGGCAAUUUGGGAAGAUUUUAGACGUGGAAAUAAUUUUUAAUGAGCGGGGUUCCAAGGGCUUCGGCUUUGUAACGUUUCAAACGAGCGCGGAUGCUGACCGCGCGCGGGAGAAACUAAAUGGUACUAUUGUAGAAGGACGCAAAAUAGAGGUAAACAAUGCGACCGCCAGAGUGAUGACGAACAAAAAGGUGGCCCACCAUCAUACCAACGACUGGAAGCUGAACCCAGUGGUUGGAGGGGUGUAUGGACCAGAGUUAUACGCAGUGACGGGGUUUCCCUACCCGGCCGUCGGGGCUGCAGUGACCUACAGGGGCAGCCAGCUGCGUGGACGGGGCAGGGGCAUCUACAACACGCUCCGCACCGUGGCCCCGCCUCUGCCCAUCCCGGCCUAUGGCGCAGUCGUGUACCAAGAUGGCUUCUACGGGGCAGAAAUUUACGGGGGUUACGCAGCCUACAGAUACGCCCAGCCCACCACCGCUGCCACCUACAGUGACAGUUACGGCAGACUCUACGCGGCAGGGGACACCUACAGCCACGCAGCCUACGCCGUGGGGACCAUGGCUAGCCUAUUCAAAGGAGGCUACAGCCGCUUCUCCCCCUACUAAAAGGGAGUAACCGUAUCCCGGCAACAAAACAUAAAAACGUUAAACGCCGCCUCCUCCUCAGUGGAAAACUAUUUUGAACUAAAAGCUUCUGGGUCAUGGCGCCGCGCCCCCCUCCCGCGCCUGUACGAGACAGGUUUUUUGUUUCGAAAAGUGUCCUCCAGUGACCUUUCUUACGAUGUAAUGCCCAAAUCUCUGUUCAGUUUGUCUUUAUUUUUUAUGAAAUGUGUACUGAUGAUUACUUGGCGCAAAUGGCAUAUUUCUGGUGUCUGUAAUGCAAUUGUUAUAAAUUUAGCCUAAAGAAAAUGACCCCCCACACACACAUAAAACUUGUUUAAACCUGUAGUGUAGAGCAUGUAGUAAUCUGUUGUGAUGUGGCUUAUACUGGGUUAUUGAGUUGUUUCAAAAUUGACACUGAUUUCCCACAAUGCAAAGCUUUACAAAUUGCAUAGAUAUCCCACAAUGCAAAGCUUUACAAAUAGCUUCUGUUAGUUACUCAACUGCAGUCAAGCAGUGGUUCUCCCAGUCCAUGCUGACCACAGGUCUCCGCUGGUCUGUUAUACGGUGUGAGGAUGGUUAAGGUUCAAUCAGGGCUGUAAUUAAUGUGUAAUCAGCAGGUGCUGUUACCCAGCAAUCACUAAGCAAAUACGUCUUAUCCAAAGCAGCUUACACUACAUAGAGUAGCUAAUACGUUUUGUCUGUUAGUGUAACUGGACAAAGCCACGCAAGGGCCUUGCUGGCGGUGUGUCUCCGUAAGCAUGUGUGUCCCUACCGCUUGUUCGCAGCCCCCUGGUACAGUUGAGACAGACUCACGUAACAGAAUCCGGGCGAGCAUUUUCAGAGGGUCGGGGUUCGGUGCCACGUGCCCGCUUUCUCUCUUGCUGCUACGGCUCCCGCGAGCACCACGCCCCCCCCCCAGCAGAGUUUACAGUCUACCGGGAUCACACGGCGUCUCGAGAGAAGCUAACCCGCCCGGGUGUCCCUCAGGGCUGGAGCGGCGGGGCACCGCACGCUGCCUUCUGAGCGUGAGAACGACCGGAGAGUGAUUUCACAGCGGCGCGUAAAUAUCGGAGCCACUCUGUACUCUCGAGUGAAGCUCUGGGCGUACUUUACAAAGCCAUUCUAUCUGCAGGUCGACAGAUAAUACAUGUGCUUUCGUUUCGUUUGUUGAGCGUUUAUCUGCCCUUCCCAUGAAGAGGCUGUAGUCUGUAAGUCUACUAAAAUUUAUAUUCACGUUGUUGUGUAAAAUAUAGUCUUUGAUAUUACUGAUUCUCAGUUUUUGGAACUGAUCGCUACAUACGGUUUACGGAACUCCUUUGACGGUGUCUCCUGGAGCCAAGGGCCUCUUUUUGAAUCUCUAAAUAUGCUCCUUGUGUCUCACAUUAAGGGAAUUGCACCGUAGGUUCGCGUCCGAAUUUACACGCGGAUCGGCGCCUCCGUGCCAACUGCUAGCGCGAGCUCAUUUGCUGAAACUCCAAAGAUUGACGAGAAAUAAAAUGAGCCGAGCAAAGGCAUAAGACUCACAGCCACGAAAACCAGCAGCUGUUCAGGAAUACAACUCACUCCUGCGACUUAAAAAUAAUCGUGAUUGCAUAGUAUCAGUCGCUUUGUGCGUUUCAGUUUUUCUGAGAACAAUUAAAUUAUUUCCGAGGUGUUAUAAGGCUUAUAAUCUUAUUGCUAGAUUAAUUUGUUAUUCAUUCGCAUAUAAAAUUACGAUAGACUGAUCUGGCUAGUAUAUUGUACAAUGGUCUUCCAUUCAUAUAUAGGACAUUUUCAGCUGGUAAUACUAUCAGACUAUUACAACAUAUGUGUGUGUAAAUAUACAUUCAUAUUAUUGAAGACAGUUGUGUACUGUAAUCAUUCUAAAUUUCAUUUAGUGCUGCAUUAUUAUGAUUCUUUUUUAUUCUUGCAUGACAGUAAUUUCUAUAAUGAAAUGUAUAAUUUUUUUUAGAUAACAAGCAAAGUACAUAUUACUGAUUCCGGGUCUCUUUUAUAUUUCACUAUGCCGUCUGUCCGAUGGGUUUUACCUGAGGAUCUGAUAAUGAAGAUGUAAAAUAUGUAUUGUAUGUUAUUGAAAAAGUUCAUUUUUUUAAUAUUUAAAUUUAUGUAUGUAUGCGAGAUUUCAACAGAGACUUCUGGGGUUGUGGAGAAGCAAUCAUUUUGCUACAAAAAUUCUACUUGUGCAAUCGGUAAGGUCUUUAGGUACAAUUAGUGUAUAUUUCUGUAGAGCAUUCUUCAUCCUUCAUGGGGAACAUUACGGUCCAAGGUGACCUACAACUGGCAGUUGGGUUUUGGCUAUAGCAAACGGAAAGAGUUCUUUCAUAGUCAGCUCAUACCUCUGACCUUUGGAUAGAAAACCACGACAUGUCCCGAACCAGAGGGCCUGACACGUCCUGUGAGUUUCUGCUGUCCCGGAACACCCAUAUUAGCCGUUUAGUCAAGUUGUACUGCUGAUGUGCCGCGCAAGUCCACCUCUGUGUUUAUUUACGAAUGUUUGCAUAUGUCUCUUUAUUUUUAGUAAAAAAACAAAAAAGGACACUGUAUUGGGUAACGACGGUCAGCACAAAGGGAAAAAGGUGGAAACGAGGAAGGAGGGAAAAAAAAAUCUUGAAAUACAACGCCAAAAAAUACAAAAAAAUAAUAAUUAAAACGUGGCAAAAGGAACUCCUUCCCUCAGGGCUGGCAGGUAGAGGGGAAGCACGCGGCGUGUUGCCGCGGCAACAUCACAGCAAGCCAAACAAGGGCCACUUUCAUCAGAGACCAGAAGCAGAGGAAACUCAACUUUUUUUCUGUUCUUUAUUAUAUUUUAUGUCGUUAUUACAAGAUCUGUAUAUAUAUGACAGUAUUUAUGACUGUUUUUGGUAAGACAUGGACAGUGCAGGUCCCAUGAGGUUAACGCACUGAGUCCACCGGGAAGAAGGUGGGACAUCCUGUCCAAAGGCCAGUCAUCAACUUGAGGGCAUUUUGCUGCUGACCUUCCUGCGGACUGGACUACAGAUCAGCUUUUGGUGGGAGAGAUGGGGGCGGGACAAUGAUUUGACCUCCCAUAGGUGGCGCUCAUCCUGUGGGUCACUUCCUGUCAGGAAGCUGUGUCAGGGUCCCCCUGCCGGACCCAUGUCCCGGGGGGGGCCUCAUUCCCGGACUUACGCAUGCCAAGCUCGUGACUCAGAUGGGGCUCUUCCGGAUUGGAUCUGGUGUGGACCUGGACCUUUUGCCCAUGGCUGUCCCCGUCGCUGUGCAGUUCUUCCUGAGGUACCUGUGUGGGCAUGUCCAACCGCAACUGGAAAUGCGGCACUGAAACACUGGCCACAUUCCAUGCAUCUCCUUGUCACAAAUGUAACCUUUUCAAUCUAUUGUUGUUGUUUGUUUUUUCUUCAAUAAAUGGUGGUUGUUUUAUGGGAACAUAAACAGUAAA